GCCAAUUCUGGUACAACUGUUAUUAUUUGUAAGGCAUGAUUUCAUUUUCAGUACCUGGAUAAUGCUCCUGUAUGUGGGGAUGCUUUAUUUUGUUUUCAUGGACCUUUGUGGUGAACGUUGAUGGAACACUGUAGAGUGAUUAAUUAAACAGGUAUACGGAGAUUAACUAGAAGUUCUGAAGAUCUCUAACAAUUCUGCUUACCUCAGAAAUACACAGAGCCAAAAAUAAACCACGGCAGUUCAUCGAAUACUGUUCAGUACCUUACAGGUAAUGAUGGGAACACUGCAGAAAAUGAAGAGAACAAUGUAAUGUACUACGUAUACUUUGGAGUAAUGGAGACAUACGUUUCUCUGCGGUAAAGAGCAAAAAGUCCAAGAAACAAAGUCGAUGACAACUACAAAGGUAGAAGGCCGAUUCCAGGCCCAUGCAGGGAAACUAUGGCGGAAGAGCAGAAUCCUGAAAAGGUGGAAAGAAGGGACGUUUACACUUAGUCAAUCAAAUGGAUUACUCGUACUAUGGACCCUCCAGGAAAUAGGCGAUCCAGAAAGUACAUUACACUUUACAACAUGUAGCAUCCAAGGACCUGACCCAAAGACGAUUUCCAACCUAAAGGACUAUUUAGGGUUCAAAGUAAUACUACCACCAAACAAUGAAUCACCGAAAGAGAGUAUUGUUCAUGAAUUUCGAGCAAAUUCCAUUGUCGAUCAAAGGGCAUGGAUGAUCUGCUUUGGAGCAACUGGAGAUGGAUUCUUUUCAGAUGGAAACCCAGAAGUUCAGCCAUUGGAGAGUUGGAUAUGUAAGUGGGACAUGAUACACCCGUCACAGCAAGUGCUUGAGCUGAGGCAAAAGAAACUAGAAGAAGAAGAAGCUGAAGCUGAUGCUACCGGGAAACCUUUCUCAGACGAUGCCCCACCCUCUUACGAAAGUGUUAUGGGGAGACUAUUUAGCGAUAUUGAUAAAAAUAAAGAGGAUUUCACGGGGAAUCUACAGCCUCCGAUUGAAAUGCCUCCUAUGAGGUAUUUUAGGAGGCAAGAGGACGAUAGUUUUCUGCCACCACAUGCGCCACCUAUUCAUUGGCCUGUAAGCAUAGGCUAUGGGGCCGAAGUUGGAUUACCUGAAGGAGUACAGGAGAUCUGGGAUGCAAAUAUAAACUCAUACGUGUACAUAGACCAUUUAAACAGAGGAGUGUCCUACAUAAAUCCCAGGGCACCAAUGGAACCUUUACCAAUAGUUGAAAAUGUUAAGCAUCACUAUGGCGACAGGAUCAAAAGUUUUCCCGCAGAAGGGGGUGCGCUACGUGAUGGUACAAUGCUCAAUGAAUACGCCAAAAGUGCCUAUAAUAAGCCGUUUGGCUUUUCAAUUCUGGCUGCCGGAGUAAAUGGAGAACACGGGCAACAGGGAACAACAGGGUUCACUGGACAACCAGGUCACCAGGGCACCAACGGAAUGACGGGUGGAAAUGGAGGCCCUGGAGGGGCUGGUCAAGCAGGGGGACCUGGAGGGUUCGGGUCACAUGCCUUUCACGCUACACCGGCCAGUGAUAUUAAGAUUUACCUUACUGGAGACCCAAGUCUACUAACUGUAUCUGGACAUGUUGAAGCAAAAGUAAAGUUAGGAGGAAUACAAAGAGAGCAUGUUGUAAUGGUGAAUUGCAGAGGAGGCGAUGGUGGCAAGGGUGGAAAGGGAGGAACAGGUGGAACGGGGGGAGCCGGAGGUCGCGGAGGUUCAGGUGGCCAUGGACGUAACGGCAGCGAUAGCCACACAACCGGAGGACGAGGUGGGAGUGGAGGACGCGGAGGGGAUGGAGGACCGGGUGGACGGGGUGGACAGGGAGGUCCAGGUGGCCCUGGGGGGCGUGGUGGAGACGCAGGGGCUGGUGGAAAUAUCAAUAUUGCAGUAUAUGACCCCGCACUCAUGAUGCUUUGUGCCAUUGAUUGCAGGGCUGGUAAUGCUGGUGCUGGUGGAGACAGUGGAAAUGGUGGACCAGGAGGACAAGGGGGAGCUGGCGGUAGUGGAGGUUCUGGAGGGUCUGGGGGUAGAGGAGGACCAUCAGGGAAAAGAAGUAAUGGCAGCCACAUUUCCUCCGGGUCAUCUGGCUCAAGAGGAUUUUCCGGAUCAUCAGGUAGCCGAGGACACAAUGGUCAAACUGGACCAUGUGGGCCACCAGGGCAAUAUGGUACCACAGCAGAACAUGGCAGUAUAUUAUGGACCUUGUUAGAUCCAGCUACGAGACAACCUGUGCUAAAUACAGGGAGAAGAUAUGAAGUUGAAACAUUGGGCUACCAAGUCAAUUCGCAAAUAGACGAUGGUAUAUACGAACCAAACGAGAGGAUAUUCAUCUCAAACUUAACAUUACAAAAUUAUGGAGGCAUGUUUCUUCCUCCGAAUGGAGUGGUGCACUUUCCAUCAACAAAAACAGUGAAUUUCGAACCAAUAACGCAUUCUCUCCCUCGGUUGAACCAAGGGGAGAGUUGUGUUGUCCCUACUACUUUUGUUGGAAGAGUGUAUGACAUCCCUUCCCCUAACCAAGCUGGACCAUACCAUGGAACUGCUGAAUUCAAGUCUAGAGUGCACCUGCUCAAUAGACCAUUUGAUAAGGGUUUCUAUUCAACCACUCUGGAGGUCCAAUAUCCUAUUAAAAUAGACUCAAUCGAAGGUCCAACGCACCUAGGAAGAGGGGAGGAAGGUCUAUUGCAAGUGACGCUGAGAAAUAUAUCUACAAUGCCAUAUGGUGAUGGACUUGAUUGCGGGGGAGUUGUUGAACUGAGGAUACGGUUGGAUAGGAGACUACUUCCCAUACCCAGACUAAGUGAGCCAAGGCCAUAUUAUCUGAUGUAUAACCCUGCAGUGAAAGAUGAUGUCUAUUUUAGGGUUGGUAGGAUUGAAGCCAGGAGUACCCUUACACUCACUUUGCCUUUUUUAAUGGAGUCUUCCUGCGAAUUAUUCGACAGAUGUCUCUGGCAAACAGACCUUUUCCUGAGGGGCAAAUUGAUUGAAUACAACUUUGCUUACAUUAGAGCGUCGCCGUUUUACAUAGUAAAGGAAGUACCAGGGGAUGUUCUUAUGGUAACAGGGGCACACAUAACACGACCCUUGUUUGUAUUAUGGCAGACAAUGUUUGAGUAUUUAGGUGUAAGUCUCGACUUCUGGGACACAGAGAGACACAAUGGAUUCUCUGUGGAUGUCUCUACGAAUACAAGGCACGAAGUGUCCUGGUUAGACAGAUACACUGGGAAGAUGAUCUUAUACCCAUAUUUCAACCAAGACUAUGUGUAUGGACCAGACAUUGCAUCUCAUUUCCACAAGCAAUCAUGGCGUGAAGGCACCUUUCCUAAUCUAGACUCCGCCAUGUUGAUGAUGUCAUAUAAUACAGACUAUAGAGAUGUACAUAGAUUUGUUUCAACUGUUUGCGCCAGUUUGACACAUGAGGUUAAGGCUGAACAAGACGCCCUGCAACAGUACGGUGGAGCUCAUUUGAUGCAUCCAACCACGUGUGCCUGCUGUUGUUGCAGAGACCCUGCCAGAAGCAAAGUGAAGAAAAUAAUCAAGAAAUAUGAAAAAAGUGAUAACAAUCAUGCAUUUUGUUGCUACUCAAAGACAAUAGCAUAUUCUAAGGAAGGAACAUUCAGAUAUAACUAUGGAAACAUAGAAAUAAAAAAGAUUCCUGUCUCAAGAUCGUCAAGGCUUAUGAUGACAAACAACGAAUGGAUAUGUUGUCUUGGAUCUGAUGAUCCGUCAUAUACACCAAUGGCUACCAAAGUUCCAAUUGCAUCAAACUUCUCUCAGGUUCUGUUCAUGUUGGUAUACUGUAUGCCAAUGAAAACCAAGUCAGCCAUGUUGAAUCCCGUUACUGAAUUAGUUGCAAUAGGAUUGGAAGACUACUUAUGUUCCGAGCUACUUGCCAAUCCAGAGACUUCCUCCUACUUUGAAGAACUCCUUUGGUGCGUUAAAGAAAAUCCUGAAAGAUUUGUCGAUGAAGGGCAUGGGGAGUUUUUUCUGACUUCAGUCAUGGGCUUUGUGAAAAAAGCAAAGAAGACGAAUUCAAAGGUUGGAAAGGAUGCCUUACAUAAAUUCAAAGAAAUGCUGAAAACAAUGCAAUCAUCAUCAAGAGGGGGAGAAUUGAAGAAGUUAGAGGCAGCUGCCAAGAAACGGCUAGGAGAUGCCCUACGUCCAACAUUUAAGACAUUAUUGGACCAGAGUCUGAUCAUUAGACCAAACAAAUUGACGCAUAAGGACAAUUUGUACGACCUCUGUGAAUUGGUUAAUGAGGAAUAGCAUAGGUUUGUAGAUUCCUACACACACGUUACAGAAAAGUGGGCAAUCUCCAUCACACGUAACAUUCCUAAUUCUAAUUCUAUGAACAAUCACCACACAUUCUGAUACUCAUCACAUCUUUCUGCUUUCAACUAGAAAGAAGCUAUAGAAG